AUGUCAUUCGUUUACAAAAAGAAAAAGACCCCAAACUUAUCACUAGUGGUUGAAGAAAGUACGCAGACGCCCUUGUCCAACUAUGACAUCGAGAACUUCGAUGAGAUAAACAUCAAGCGAACCAUUAGCAGAAUUGGAAGUGUACGGGGACUUCCUCGGCCAAUUAGCACAAUGACAUCGACUGGGGCAGUCGGUGCCCCUGGAGCUGCAAUAGCUGCUCCUGUUGAGAGAAGUAGAAGUAGAGGCAAUCUGCUUGGUUCCUCCUCCGAAUCCAUUCUUAAUGUGGUGUAUGAAUCUUCACCUUUAAAGAACCAGGUUCCCCAAAGAUCAUCCUCAAUUACUAGCACGACGUCUAAUGUUUCCAAUAAGUCCAACAAUUCACAGGAAUCGAGUUAUAUAGUCAGUGUGAAUAAGACCCCACUGAACUUGACUCCGUCGCAGCGAUUAAAGCUCAGAAAGACACAGUUGAACGACUCAAUUUCGAAAUUCAAAGAUUAUUCGAAUGUAGUUCAGCAGCAACAGCAACAGCAACAGAAACACCAGCAAAUUAUAGAGCAGAGUCGCCAAACCCAACGCCAGCAUCAAACUCGCAACCAUCAACAACCCCGGAGACAGAACGGAAACCUGCUGGACAGUUUUCCCUUCAGCACUGGUAACGUUGACGAAGAUGACGACGAAGAUAUUGACAGCGAGAUCUGCAUGUUCAAUGUUCCAAUUUCCCAACCUUUAUCGGCCAUUAGCCAACGAGAAAGAUACACAUAUACAAACAAUGAUAGAAAAUUAUCUCUAACUACGGAUUCCACAAGAUCUUCAUCUAUACUAAGCCACACGUCUCUAACUGACACCGGCUCAAUUACCAGUUAUGAAGAUGACUUGACUAGAACUGCAAACACAAGUUUUAGUAGUAGUUACAUCAAUAUGGAAGAUUUAAAGUUGUCCCAAGAUGCAGAACAAUUGACUCUUUUAUUUAAUAAAAACGACUAUGUUCAAAUUAAUGAGGAGUCAAGACAAAAGCAGAAAAUGUUGAAUAGCUUUAAGAAAGUAAAUUUGGCAGGCCAACAAGGGGAACAGGAUUUCCACCUGGAAGGCAAUGAACCUACAAAUUCUGACAUUAGUAACAACAAUGACAGCUAUAAGAAUCCAAGCAUAAGGGCCCCAUCUCCUCAAGUACGUGCAUUGUCUACCGCCUCUAUCAAGAACAAAAGAGCUACAGGCAUAUCUCCAGCUUCUUCCAUUGAUCCAAGGUCACUAUCAACAUCUACUUUGAAGACCACAACUCCUCCAAAUGAAAUCCCACUGCCACUUCAAAUGGUUGGCCCAGGUAACUCGACUACUAAGUACUUUUCUUUCACUAGACCAACAUGGUUGCCUCCAAAAUCUUCAUCGGACAAGAAGAAACAUCAAAAGGAAUCAGAGUAUCUCAUUAAGCAGGCCCUACAAAGAGAAACUGAUCAGAAGAAUCGAAAAAUUGCUGAAUUAGAGAGAUUGAAAAAACAAAAGCAGAAAGAUUUACAAAUUUGGGAAGACGAAAUUGUACCAGAUGGCGGGAUAACAGUUCUGGAAGCAGAUUAUCAAAAGAGAUUGAAAACAAACCUAGUAAAGGACAUGUACUGGAGGGGUUUACCAUCUACAUCAUUGAGAUCAAGACUUUGGUUUAAACAAAUUGGAAAUGGGGUGCAGCUUUCUGAACAUACAUGUAAUUACUAUUUCCAAAAGGCUAGAAAGUUUAGAUCUAAAGUCACCAAAUUUGAUCAGCUCUUACUCACCAAAAAUAAUAAACCGGUCUUGGACUCAUACAUCAAAAAAAGUCCUUCAAUUCUCAAAAUGAAAGGGUAUAUGGACAAACUUAAUGCUGAUUUGUUGGACACAUUUCCAGAUCAUAAUUUCUUUCAAAAUCCGGAGACUAUUUCUAGAAUUAUUGACACUGUAACCAGUUUCAUUCUUUAUUUGAAUGAGACAAAUCAAGGAAUUGAGAUAGACGAUGAAAAAUUUAGACAUAUUAACUUGAAUUAUUAUUUCACAGGCUUGAAUAAUCUCUCGGGGAUUUUAUUUUACCAUUAUAACCGAAGUUGUUAUAGAACCUUCAUUUCACUCUGUAAUGUAUUCCAGAGACCAUUAUUAAACUUACUUUUGGGUUUCCAGGUUCACUGUAUUCAGGAUGAACUAGAGAAAAACUCAGAUGGCGCUUUAACAAGUCAACAGAGAAAUUUACUUCUCUGUUCAUUGAACGACGCUUUCAUUGACAACUACGAACAGAAAUUCAAAGAAAAGCUUAACAGGUUGGCAGUACACUUUUCUGUAAUUAAUUUACAGCCGAUUGAAUACAUCUCUAAUAUUCUUUUAGGAAUAUUCAGUAAUUUUCUCGACUUCCAGUUAAGUUCUCACAUUUUGGAUGUCUAUGCUUUCGAGGGUGACGAUUUCUUGGUGAGCUGUCUCUUAGGUGUACUUCUGAAGAUACUGUUCAAACUUUAUGGUACGAAAAAGGAAAAUUUAGAAAUUCUAGGUGAACAUUAUAGAUCAGUGUUGAACUCUCAAGGCAAGCAACAAAGACGUACAGCAGAAUCAUACAAAUAUUUGAACGUUGGUCUUGAACAUGAGUUUAUUGAAAUUGUUAAGGAGUUACAUACCUAA